CGCGGGGUGGGGGGCGGAACAUGUCUCCCACCGCAGGAAGAUGAGGCAGCGGCGGCGGCCGCGGGCGUAGCGGGCCGGACCGAGCCCAACGACGCGGCCGGCGGGCACCGCGGGCUCCUCGCACGCCGCCUCCGCCAGCGCCUUGGCCGCGUAGGGCCCGCGGGGCGGACACGCGGGGAGCCGGGCCACGCGCCGCCGCCCACGCGCGCCCUUCGGGGCCGCGACGCCCCUUUGUCCGGGGGGGCCGUUCAUGCCGCCGCCCCCCGUGCGCUGCGGGCCGGGCCACGCCGAGCAGGGCUGUCUCUAGGCCUGAGGAGCCCACCCCCGGCCCCUGGCUCCCCGUUGCCGCUGGAGAAUGAACCAGCCACAGAGGAUGGCGCCCGUGGGCACGGACAAGGAGCUCAGUGAUCUCCUAGACUUCAGCAUGAUGUUCCCCCUGCCGGUGGCCAAUGGGAAGAGCCGGCCCACCUCCCUGGCCGGGGCCCAGUUUGGAAGCUCAGGUCUCGAGGACCGGCCCAGUUCGGGCUCGUGGGGCACCGGCGAGCAGAACAGUUCCUCCUUUGACCCCAGCCGGACCUACGGUGAUGGCGCCCACUUCAGUGAGUCCCACGGCACCCUCGCUUCGUCCACAUUCCUGGGACCUGGGCUCGGAGGCAAGGGCGGCGAGCGGGGCGCGUACACCCCCUUUGGGAGAGACGCAGGGGUCGGCAGCCUGACUCAGGCCAGCUUCCUGCCCAGCGAGCUGGCCCUCAGCAGCCCGGGGCCGCUGUCGCCCUCGGUCGUCAAAGGCGGGUCCCACUAUUACUCCUACUCCGGUCACCCUCGGCGGAGAGCUGCAGAUGGCGGCCUGGACACGCAGCCCAAGAAAGUCCGGAAAGUGCCGCCGGGUCUCCCAUCCUCGGUGUACCCACCCAGCUCAGGUGAUGAUUACAGCAGGGACACCACCGCCUACCCACCCACCAAGACCCCCAGCGGCACCUACCCUGCCUCCUUCUACGUGGCAGACAGCAGCCUGCACCCCUCAGCCGAGCUCUGGAGCCCCCCAGGCCAGGUGGGCUUCGGGCCCAUGCUGGGCGGGGGCUCAUCCCCCCUGCCCCUCCCGGCAGGUGGCGGCAGCUCCGUGGGUGGCAGUGGCAGCGGUGGGUUUGGCGGCCUGCACCAGCACGAGCGCAUGGGCUACCAGCUGCACGGAGCAGAGGUGAACGGCGGGCUCCCGGCUGUGUCCACCUUUUCCUCGGCCCCCACGGGCGCCUACAGCAGCGUCUCCAGCCACACACCCCCUGUCAGCGGGGCCGACAGCCUCCUGGGCUCCCGUGGAACCACGGCCGGCAGCUCUGGGGACGCCCUUGGGAAGGCGCUGGCCUCGAUCUACUCCCCAGACCAGUCAAGCAAUAACUUCUCAUCCAGCCCCUCCACCCCCGUGGGCUCCCCACAGGGCCUAGCAGGGACGUCACAGUGGCCUCGAGCAGGAGCCCCCGGUGCCUUAUCGCCCAGCUACGAUGGGGGUCUCCACGGCCUGCAGAGCAAGAUGGAGGACCACCUGGACGAGGCCAUCCACGUCCUCCGCAGCCACGCUGUGGGCACAGCGGGGGACGUGCACGGACUGCUGCCCGGCCACGGGCCGCUGGCCUCAGGCUUUGCUGGCGCUGUCAUGCCACUGGGCGGGCGGCAUGCUGGCCUGGUGGGCGGCAGCCACUCGGAGGACGGCCUCUCCAGCAGUGGCGGCCUCGUGCACAACCACGUGGCCCUCCCCGACCUCUCCCGGCCGCCUGACUCCUACAGCGAUCUCGGGCGCGGCGCCGCCCCAGGGCCUGGCGACAUCAAGCGGGAGGAGCAGGAGGACGGAGAGAACGUGGCGGCCGACACCGCCGAGGACGAGAAGAAGGACCUCAAGGCCCCGCGCACCAGGACCAGCCCGGACGAGGACGAGGACGACCUUCUCCCCCCAGAGCAGAAGGCUGAGCGGGAGAAGGAGCGCCGGGUGGCCAAUAACGCGCGGGAGCGGCUGCGGGUCCGAGACAUCAAUGAGGCUUUUAAGGAGCUGGGGCGCAUGUGCCAGCUGCACCUCAACAGUGAGAAGCCCCAGACCAAACUGCUCAUCCUGCACCAGGCCGUGUCGGUCAUCCUGAACCUGGAGCAGCAGGUGCGAGAGCGUAACCUGAACCCCAAAGCGGCCUGCUUGAAGCGCCGAGAAGAGGAGAAGGUGUCCGGCGUGGUCGGAGAUGCCCAGAUGGUGCUGUCGGCCGCCCACCCAGGCCUGGGCGAGGCCCACAACCCUGCCGGGCACAUGUGACAGGAACGCUUCCCAGACGAGUGACCCCACCUUGGUCUAACCUGGGACAGUCCACGCCAGGCGCCUGGUCCCCACCCCACGCAGCCCGUGGUCAGCCUUGAGCCAACACCCCCUGGGCGCUCCGGAGGCAACACCACCGCCAGGCCUCUGGCUUGAUGGAUCCUGAAAGUGCAUCUCGGCCCUGCUGCCCAGGCCUGGGCGGCAAGGAGCAUUGUUUUUGUUUUUGGUAUAUACAUGUUGUCAGACAAGAAAAUGAAUGCCUUAAGUAUAAAACGUGAAGACUCAAACAUACCGUUCACAGGAGGGAAAUGCUGUGCGGAGCCAGCUUGGUCGGCAGCCACCAACCAGCAACUUGUGCCUACGCCUGAGAGGUUUUUUUUUUUUUUUUUUUUUUUUUUAAGGAAAAUAAAAGGAAACUUAGUUAUGAGAGUUUUUUUGUUUUAAUGUAGAAGAAAACUAGUAAGAAUGAUGCCUUUGGUCUCUUUUUUUUUUAGCUUUUUUUGCGUAUGUUUUCUAAGCAACAAAUUUUUUUGUAUAAAAGUCUCGUGUGUCUUGCUAUUUUUGCUGCUGUUUCUAGAAAUGAGCAUUGCAUUUCAUGAUCAACAAGGUUAUUAAAAGUUGUAUUAAAAAGACCCCAGGACUUCCCUGGUGGUCCAGUGGUUAAGAUUCCACGCUCCCAAUGCAGGGGGUACGGGUUCAAUCCCUGGUCGGGGAGCUGAGAUCCCUCGUGCCACGUGGCGUGGCCAAAAAACUUUAAAAAGAUCCCGUGUAAACUUGAGGUGCCCCCGCCCCGGGAGCCACUGGACCAGGGGUGGCAGGUGCCAUCCAGUUCAGGUUCUAGUGUGGGGGGCUUGCUCUUGUGGUUUUGCUCCCUGCGAAGUAGCAGGUGGGCCCUUGCUUGGUGGGGGCCUCCCCUGCCAGAUCUGCUCCCCUCCCUCAGGAAGGGGGACACCCUGCUGGGGCACCUCCAAGGAGGCAGGGACGCUCCCCUGUCACACAGCUGAGGUUCCUGCCCGCAAGCAGCUCGGGUCCCCCAGGCCCCUGCCUGCGGCCUGCCAGCCCCACAUCCCUCCAAGUCCUGGGACCUCUCUCAGACGGGACUUUGUGAGGAGCAGCAUUCCUGGGCCCGGGGCCUGCGUUGCUGAGCGUGGUGCUGGGGGGCCUCCCUAAACACCCCGUUCUUCAUACUCUGAACUCUGGCACAGAAACCCCCUGCUCCCCGAGUGGCCUUCCUGGUGUGGACUGGGGAAGUUACAGGAUCCCCCUGCCCAGAAAGGCCCCCAGGCUGUGUGUCUGUCAGGGUUGACGCCCCACUGUAAACCAGGAGGCUGAACCGCUCUCAGGCCCUGGGUGCCAGCUCCCAGGCCUCCCCAAGUAGCCCUCUCUCCCGUAUGUUCAGGGGAACCCACUCGGCCUGGGCUGUCCCAGGUUUAAACAAAGUCCAGGGCGGUUGGUCACCUUACGUGUCACCUGGGUGUGGGGUCAGGCCUGCUGGGGUCUCACCUGCCCUCCCUCUACCCCCUGCAGAGAGACCUUACGUACCCCCAGGCUGGCUGCGUGCACCCCACCCUACCAGCAUCCCAGGUGUCUCCCCCCAAACCCCCUCACUCCCCGAGCACUGGGGCGGCCUGACUCCUCAAGACUGGAACUCCCCACGGCUGGGGGCCGGGUGCCCCACGGGAAGCUUGAGGGAACCCCAAGGCCAGCACGAGCGGGACAUCCCAGCUUGGGGCCGGGGCCACCUCCAGGUCCCUGGGAUCCCCUGGGGUCUGCCCCUAAGACCGAUCAGGGGACUCUCCUUGGUGACUCCCCUGGUCUGUGGGUCUUGUCUCUCUUUGGGGAAGCUGCCUCAGUUUCCCUCUGCCUCGGGCCUAACCCACAGACCCAGAUGGGCAGGGGCUGAGGAGCCUCUGCGGCCCCCCCGAGGCCCACAAACUUUUGAACUGUGUAUUACAUAUAUAAUUUAAGUUUUAUAUAUUUUAUAUAUAUAUAAUGAGAUUAACCCAGCACGGGAAAAAGUAGCCUUGGGGGAGGGGAAGAACUACAAUUACAGGGAAAAUUGUGCUCUGAGUGCCUCAGGAUAACUGAUUUUUUUAAAAACAACAAAAAGUUUUUUAAGUAGAAUAAUUUUAUAUAAGUGUCAACACAGCUGGCUGAAUUCUUUGGGAUUUUUAAUAACGAUCCUCUAAAGUCGAUUUGGAGACCUGUACAUAACAGCACUGUAGCAAUAAAUGUGACAUUUUAUGACAAUA